AUGUCCUUUUACUCUGUAUUUCCUGUUUUCUUAGCUGGCCUGGCAUUUUUCUCUGAAGCUGCACCACCCGUAAACUCUGCUGACUCCAAGGAUCCUCUUUUUAUAAAAAUUCUAGAUUCAGUCCGAGGAAGUCCAGCUCCAAGUGUUCCAGUUAAGUUACAUAAAGAAGCUGCAGAUGGAUCUUGGGAACUGUUACAUUCAAUACAAACCAAUCACAACAGAGAGCUCCCAACUAAAGAACAUUUUGUAACAGGGAUAUACAAGAUUGAGCGUGACACAGCCUCUUAUUGGAAGAGACUGGGCUUGAAUCCCUUCCAUCACCAUGCUGAUGUGGUGUUCACAGCAAAUGAUGCUGGUUAUUGA